UUCGCAGUCCGGUAAAGUCAGGAAAAGGCGACAAACGUCAGUGACGGAAUAUUUGUACGUGUAAUUGCGCGCUUUAGAUUUAUCGCUUUCUUUGCUGCAAUUUGCAAUCUAUUUCUGAUCGUGAAGUUCUAAAUACUACUUAAAAUUCAAUUAUCUAGCAACAGCCCAAAACUAAGGUAAAAGUGCUGGGUGAAGAGCAAUUAGAACCAAAGUUGGUGUUUGCAGCGCGUAAGUGGUGUGAGAAAAGGCGCCGAAAAGUGUCGUCUAAGCAGACAAUUUCUAUUGCAAAUAUAUACCAAAAUACAUAUAUAAAGAUUUAAAACACGUGUCUACAUAUUUGCGAAAUUACAGUUUUUGCAAAGAGUGUGUUUGUGUGUGCCGAAAAAUAAGUUAUAUCAAAAUAAAAAAAGUGAAAAAGAGACAUAGUUGUAGCAGUUCGCACAAAAAUUUUAAACAUUUCGUUCCACAAAAAUGUCUGUACCCGUUGCAAUCAAGACAGAGGAAGUCAUUUUGGAGAGCACCGAAUACAACAGCGCAGAGGAAUUGGACGAGGAACUACAAUUACAAUUAGAAGAUUCCGGAGGUGAAUACAUUCAGUACCAGGCGGAGCCACAACUGCCACAGCGUCAGCGUCACUCUAGUUCCGGGAUGAAUUCGAGCAAUGGAACAACAAAAAGUGGUAGUGGUGGCAUCACAGCUAGCAGCAACGUUACCAAUAACGGCGGCAAUAAAAAUCUUCUGGAGAGUGAGAAACGUAUGCGACGCGAAAUCGCCAACAGCAACGAAAGACGACGAAUGCAGAGUAUCAAUGCCGGUUUUCAGAAUUUACGUUCGCUCCUACCGCGCCACGAAGGCGACAAGUUGAGUAAGGCAGCGAUCUUACAACAAACUUCCCAAUAUAUAUACGAACUAGAAAAUCAGAAGACACAACUUUUGAACCAAAAUAGUCAAUUGAAGCGACAGCUUGGUUUACAUGAGUCAAAUACGGCGGGCGCGUCAUCUGGGGCCGGAGAAGUUUCUACCCCUGGCAGUAGUGAAACAUUGAACAGUGGUAACGUAGCCAUAAAAAAGCGCAAACUCACUGAUAACAUAAUCAACCUUCAGACGAUAAGUGACUCUUCCGAUGAAGGUUUGGGUUCAAUGUCACCAGAACCAACUACACUUCUGAAUGCAGGUGGUGGUAAUGUCAAUGCGAAGAGUCAAGUGAUUAUUGCACAUAAUGUUGCCACCUCCAAAGAACUAAGCGAAAUGAAAAAGCAACUGGAAAAAGAACGUCGAAUGCGCACCAUGUUAGAGGAAGAACUGCAAAUGAUAAAACGGCAAUUAUAUUCAGUGGCAACAGCGCCUGCAGCUUCUACAUCCACAUACAUUCCACGUGAAGUUAUCGAGCAUACAGACAAUUUGGUACGUGAAUCUAUAGAGGAACUGCCAUCAGGAGCCGUGUCGUACGUUGAAAUUGAUGAAAUGACCGGUCAACGGCAGGUUGUUGUUUGUUCGAGUAUUGAAGAGUUGGAGAGCGAGGCUGCAGCUGCAGCAGCAGAAAUUAUCACUGAAGACAAUGUACAGGAAGAGGUUAUACUUUCAUCGACUUCAUCCACCGAAUCUGAACAAGAAGUUAAUGCGAUUGCCAAGGCUUACGCUGAGGGUUCGUCACCGUCAGCAGCUGUUCUUCAGCCAAUACUUCAGGCUGCCAUCAAGGCAACGCCAAAAGUGGAAGUGGAACGUAUACAGGAGAUAAUUAAAGUAAAAACAGAGAAAAUUGAUCAACCAAGUGGUUUAACACGUUCGAGGCAAAAUCUGGAAACUAUUGUCGAGGCAAUAAGACAUCUUGAAGGUGAUCAUUUAUUUGCUGACGGUAGUGAACAAAAGUUACAACAACAUCAGCAAAAUCAAAGAGCACAGGAAGCUCCUCUGGCGCUGACAACAAAAGUUCAAAGAGCCACAUUGGCAGAAUUGAGUCCUUACCUGCAAAUAAAAGGCAGUAAACAAGUAACAAUUGUGCAGCAACCAAAUCAACAAAAAGAGAGUGGUGGAAAUAUCAUGCCCACCGCCAUUUACAAAGUGCAAACAACGGCAGCGGGAGCGAGUAAUAUAGGCACAGGCCAAGGUGCUCAACAGGUAACAAUCACAACGACGGCAUUAAAGCAGGUCCGGCCAGGUGUCAUUGUUGCCAAGCAGCUGUCUUGAUUGCAUUCAACAGCAAAAGCGUCUCAGACCGCUAAUACAAAAACUAGAGUUAUAGGAGUGAAUGAAAGUUCAGCUAACGCGUCACGAGAGGCAGGAGAUUUAGCAGUGUCCAAUGCAGUAGCAACUGAUGGUUUCCUGAGGAAAAAUUUAUUCAAAGAAAAAAGGUCACAAUUGGAAUCGUCGGCGAAGGUUGCAACCAAUCUAGUCACCAGACUAGUGGGACUGAGCGUCAGACGAAAACUAUCAAAUCAAAAGUCCAAAAUCGUUGCAAAUGAAAACUUGACCAAACCUUUAAAAAUAAAUUUAACAGUUGAUAAAAAAUUCGCCAGCAACAAAUAUAUCCAUAACACUGCUAAGAUAAUUGCACAUCCAUCAAAACCGGAAUCUUUAGAAAAAUGUACAAAGACUGCUCAUAAUACCAAAUUUGCCAUUGCACCAACAAAGGCUACCAAUAAACUCUCCACUAUUCAUGUUUUGCCAACAGCUGGUCCAGCGGCAAAAUCUGGAAAAUGUAUUCGCUAUUUAACCUCUUCAAAUGGGAACUCUGCUGCUGUCAAUGUAAAAGCAAUUGCAACUACUCCUACACUAAUUACAAAUGCUACUAAUGCUACUACUACUACUUUAAAUGUAAAAUAGUAAUAGAAUAAUAAUUGUAAUAGUAAUAUUAGUUCUUGUAAUAUUUGACUUAAGGUGAUGAAACGUCAGCAAGCAAAAUCUUAUUGCUACCAAAAUUGCUAAUGGUAUUAAAUGCGAAAAAACUACAAAAAUUCAUAAAUAAUAUACGAAUAAAUGCAUAUGCAAGAACAAAUACCUACCCAAAAUCUAACAAAGAUACAGGGAAUAAAAGAAAUUGAUUAGUCGUUCGUGCGAAACGUUUUAUUAGUCAAUAAACAUAAUUAUAUAUUAUAAAGAACAAUAUUAAUGAAGGAUAUAUUAAUACUUAUAAGCAUAUGUAUUGUAUGUAUAUAAAUUUAUAACUACAUACAUAGUACUAUUCGAACGAAAAACAAAAUAUUAGUUUAUUGUGUUUGAAUUUAAACCAAACUUAAAUUAUACUUCGCUUAGCUAUGUAUAGUCACGAAUCGCGAUUGAUUUCCUAAUAACAUUCAAACCAAAUUUCAACAUGAAUGCCAUCGUAAUUUCCUUCUGAAACGUACCAAUCGCAGCAUUUUAAUGCUUGCAGCUACUUUACGUCUUUUCAUGCAUUCAUAAUUUGUCAACGAAAUUCGUCUGCCAGAUUUUUAAUGUAGUUUAUGCAAAUAGACUUUCAAUGUUUCACAAUACAUAAUGUAUAUAUUUGUUUUAAGUGAAUUGAUCAGCAAAUUUAAGACUUUUAUAAAUGAAGGUUGUUUCGCAGAAGUUAAACUAAGUUUAAUCUCAUAUUAUGACAGCCUUAUUAGAGAUUUGUUAAAUGUCAUAUGAUUUUAUAAACUUGUUUAGGGUAAAAUUUAACUCAGAAAAUAUGACUUAGAAAAAUUUGUAUUUAGAUAAAUUAUUAUAUCAACAUUUCAAAAAUUUCUAACAUUAUGUAAUAUGUGGGUAUGUGAGUAAUGAAAUUUAAGAAACCGAUCGAAAAAUUUCACUAUUACGUAUUACAUAGUGCUUUUUAAAAAUAAACAAUGAGUUAAAAAGAAACAAAUUUUUAGUUCAAUUUUGGUGAUGGCUUUGGGCUUACAUAUCAGUGCUUCGCAUUGUAAUUCAAGUAUAUUACCCUGAAAUUUCUUCACUACUUAUACAAUAGCAUUGCAUAUGAAAAAUAAUGGAAAUAAAAUCGAAUAUGUAUUCGGAUUUACAAUCUUUGUUGUGUUGCGACAAAGCCUUUAGAAAGUCUCUUUGUGUCAACUACAUACCACUAGCAACUACAUCAUUUAAAAGUACACACCAAAUCGAUCCAUUUUGACUAGAUCUUACAUAAUACAAGCAAUAAACAGUAAUGACUAAAUACAAAUAAUAUUAAAGUACAAAAAAUAGCUACAUACAUAUGUAUACAAAAUGAAUAGCAUUUGCAUUCACGAUACGUUAAAUAGACAGUUUUGUUCAAAAAACCUUUUAUUUAAAUUAUAUUGAAAGUAUAAAGGCCACAACCGAUAAUUUUAUAACCCUAUGGUGGGUGUACACAUAAAAAAUAUGCAAUUAAUUUUAUGAUACAAAAUCUUAUUUUAGUAGUAAGCGCUCAGUACCAUCGCAUUAGUUAAGUUACCGCAUGUGUGUAUCCGCUUCAAUCUAAUACCCGACGUAUAAAGUUUACAACUAGUUAUUGUAAAAUCUUAUGACAAAAGAAAUUUCGUCGAUAAUAAUAAUUAUUUAACUGAUAGUUACCCCAGCUGCAUCCUUGCUUCACCUUGGUUUGACCAUUCAAAAUGUUCUUUGAAAUACCAAUACGGAACCCUUAUCAGAGGAUACAAAAUAGAAACUAAUACACAUAAAGAUGUUAGACAUUGCAAAGUGUGAAAGGAUAUGUAGAGAUAAAUGUUAUAUAUGCCUUUAAAUUUAAGUUCAUUGAUUUUCGUUUAUCUUUAUGUUUUGUUAACUGUUUGUAUAAUUAAAUAAUUAUCAAAAUUUAAAAGCAAACAUAAAAGUAAUGUGUGUAUGGAUAUAUAUUUCUUCCUAUACAAAAAGAAGUAUAUACAAACAUACAUAUUAUAUAGGGGUCAUGUAAGAUUUAUGUGUGUAAUUUUAUGCUAAUUUUUUUAGCUUGAAGCGAAAGUAUGAAAAAUAAAUGAAUUAUUUUAUUUUCUUCACACGUAUAUUUUUUAUCCAUUUUGUGUGCCUACAAAAACAAGAGAACUUUAUUUCAAUUUUAUUUAAGGAAUUAAAUAAAUACUUUUUGAAAAUUAUUUGUUGUUUGACUUUUAUGUUUUUACCGAUUUAUUUUUUUUUUUUUUUUACAAGAAAGUUGUAUUUCUGCCUAAUUUCCAUUCGCAUACAUACAUAUGUACAUACAUACGUAUGUAUGUACAUAGCUAACAAUUGACAUCUGAAGAUGGUAAAGAGGAAAAUUCAAUUAUUUAAUAAUUAUGUUUUUAAAUGCAUAUUUUUAUUUAAUUGUGAAAAAUAUAAGUGCUCGGCCGUGUUAGGGCAGCCUAAUCGAAUAAAACUAUAUCUAAAACAUCUAUUUACUUACAUACAUACGCCCAAGCAUAGUCCGCUUCAAAGUGCAUACAUCCUUAUGCGCUUAAAUAUUUGCAUAUUAAGCUACAUAUAUGUAUAAUCAAUCGCAGACGCAAACACAAUAAAAAGAAAAUCGCUUCGACUAUUUCAAGUAGCAAAUAUGAAUACAUAAUACUUCUGCUUGUACAUAAACAUAUGCCCGCAUUAUUUAAUUAUGAAAUCCAGAAAUUCAUUAGUGUCCGAUUAUAUUGUACAUAUAAAUACAUAAGUACAUAUGUAUGUAUGUACAUUUGUAUAUCACGAAUAAAAAAUGUAUAUGUACACAAGUAGAAA